CCUUCGUGCGUCAUUAGAGGAGAAUAAGUAUUCUAUUUCUUGAUUUUAUUUUGGGUGUCUAUUCUGUUUCUUGAUUUGAAAUGGGUAAGAGAACACUCACAAGUCACAACCUUCGUUAAAUUUGGAUGCGUGUCUUCACGAUCAUUUGUUAAGUUGCCACUUGCCACAAUGUAAAGGUUUGACUCAUAAAAAAGCUUACGAGUUGAUGUCAAACUCAAAUAACAUGCAUAUAUGUACGAUAAGAAAUUAAGAAUCAGAGAAAGUGCACUUAGCUUGUUGAAUGGUCACUUCAUCCUUCUGUGUGGGGAAUUGAAUGCCGCCUUGUACACCAAGCAACUGAUCGGUCAGCAAUAGACUCGAGCUCCGAUCGGUAACAACCUUGCCUUGCUGCCGCCGGUAGCGGAUACCUUGGGAAACUCCGAGUCUCUGAUCAGUGAUCACCAACAACCUUUCUUCGAAUGGUGCCGCCAAAACUGCACUUCUCGCUCAAACACCGCUUCCCCCGUUCACCACCGCCGCCACGAACCUUCUCAACCAUUCCACUUCCGCCGCCCACUCCUCCUAGUCUCUCUCUCCUCGCCGACCAAUGCACCACAAUACACCACCUCAAUCAAGUCCACGCCCAGAUGAUCCUUACCGGCCACAUCCGCCAAGACCCCUUCGCCGCCAGCCGCCUCCUCUCCUCCUCCGCCCUCUCCCCCUUCGCCGACCUCACCCUCGCGUCUAGAAUCUUUUCCUCCCUCCCAUACCCACCCAACACCUUCAUGUGGAACACCCUCAUCCGCGCCCACGCCUCUAGCCCCAAUCCCCAUUACUCUCUCUGCCUUUACGUCUCCAUGAGGAAGCUAGGCGCUAUUCCAGGGAAACACACCUUCCCCUUUCUCCUUAAGGCCUGCUCUAACAUUCCCUCCCUGCCAGCCUGUACCCAGGUUCACACACACGUGCUGAAAUUCGGGCUGUGCUUUGAUUCCCACGUGGGCAAUGGUUUGGUCAGGGGUUACUCUGUUUCCGGAGAUUUUACCCGUGCGCGCCUUAUGUUCGAUGAAAUGUCGGACAGGAGUUUGAGUCUUUGGACGACGAUGGUUUGUGGGUAUGCUCAGAAUCACUGUUAUGAUGAGGCUUUGGGGCUUUUUGAUGAGAUGAUUGGGGAUGGAUUGGAGCCCAAUGCUGCGACGCUGGCUUCAGUGUUAUCGGCUUGCGCUCGGGCGGGGUAUCUUGAGCUUGGACAGAGGAUUCAUGAGUUCAUGAAGGUGAAGGGGUUUGAGGUGAAAGUGAUUAUUGGGACGGCGUUGGUUUACAUGUAUGCAAAGAAUGGGGAGAUUGUUAUGGCUCGGAAGUUGUUUGAUGAAAUGAUUGAGAAAAAUGUGGUUACUUGGAAUGUGAUGAUCUCUGGCUUGGCUGCUCAUGGACAUGUUGAAGAUGCUCUUGGUCUCUUUGAGAAGCUGAAGGAGGAGCAAGCUGUCGUUCCUAACAAUGUCACUUUCUUAGGGGUUUUGUCGGCUUGUUGUCAUGCUGGCUUGGUUGAUGUUGGUCGUGAGAUCUUUUAUUCGAUGAAACAUGUGUAUGGGGUUGACGCAAAGAUUGAACAUUAUGGGUGCAUGGUGGAUCUUCUUGGAAAAGAGGGUAAGUUGAUAGAGGCAGAGGAACUGGUAAAAGGAAUGCCUUGGAAGCCUGAUAUUGUUAUUUUAGGAGCUUUGUUGGCAGCUUGCAAAAAUAAUGGAAAUACCAAGGUUGCUAAAAGAGUCGUAAAAGAAAUCCUUGCUCUGGAACCUCAUAAUCAUGGUGUUCAUGUUGCUAUGUCGAAUAUAUAUGCGGAGGCUGGACAAUGGAAUGAAGUUUUGAGACUGAGGAAGGUUAUGAAAGAAGAAAGACUAAAGAAAACUCCAGGGUGGAGCCUUGUUGCUACUUAAUUGAGCAUUGUCCAAAAGAUUUCGUUUUUUCAAUUGUCAUAAUUAACCAAAUGAGUAGACUUAAGUUGCUCAAAUGUGCCUGAUUAAAUCCUAAAUCACUUCUGUUUGAACUGUUUCUGCUACUUGGAAGACCAAAAUUAGUUGAGGUGGUUGCCGAAAAGGUGGUGUUGCAGUACUACUUAUUAAUGUCUGAUUGUCGCAUCCUAGUCGCAAGAACAUAAGCACUGCUUGAGGUAGUGUCAUUCAAAAUGGAAUUGCCAAUAUUAAAAUUUUGGACAGAGUUAUGCUUUGGUAUGGCUAAUGUCAACAUUACUGAACGAUUGUGGGAUUCAGAUAACGUAGAAGCUUUUCAGACAAACAAGGAACUCCUAUGCUCCUAUUAGGAGAAAGAUGCAUCUAUCUAUCUAUCUAUCUAUCUAUCUAUCUAUUAUUAAUAUUAAUAUUUAAUAUAUAAUAGGAGAGUAGUAGUAGGUCCUUUACUCGACAAGUGGCACGUCCAAUGGUUGACAAGUGCUAGCUUUCAUUGUAUGACAUGUGUAAGUUAUCAAAACAGCAGCUGUGAAAUUUGAAAUAUGAAGCUCAGCGGGAUUUUCCCAAAAAGAAUAGCUCCAGUAAUAUUGAAUCUUUUUCCAUUUCAACUCCAUGAUUUGAAUCUCUCUCUUAGUCAUUAUGAUCUGCAGCUCUGAAGAAGUAGCUUCAAAUUUUUGGGAUUCAUUUGGUGUUUACUUUCGUUUCCUCCCCGGCACCAGUGACAUCGACACCGUCUACCUCUGCCUGGUCCGACUUGCAGAAAGUAGUAGCCUUAACCUUACAAAGUUGGUACUUCUUCAGCAUAUCUACCUUCUCUGUUUUGAACCGUGUUCAUCAUGCCUCAAUCUCAAAGAAGAUACAUUCAGAGAAGAAGAAAGCUAGGGCCUUCCACGAAAUGCAGCCCAAGGUUGAGAAAGAGAUGGACAGUGUUUAAGGUUGUUGAAGAUGGAAACCUGACUUUUACCCUUCAGGAGGAGGCAAAUUGAGACAGUAGAUGAAGAUGAUUGUUAUGCAGAGAUCCUAAAGAAUGCUAUUAUCAUGCGAGAUGAAUCAGCACUCCCAUGGGUGGAUCCAGCAAUGACACAAUCGCUACUAAAGGACUGCUCAUGCCAAGGGACACCAAAUAGGAGAAUAAGACUAAGGAUUCCAAAUAAAGGAUUUGUCCUCCUUUAGCUACCGUAAUUUGUUUCCAAGGCUGCGGCUCUCUAUGUAUUGGCUUACAAGCAAAACAUUAACUAAAGGAGGUUGCAGUUGUGGCCUAACAUAUUCAAUGGUUGACACGCCACUGACAGACGACAAUGGAAAAACUGGACCGUAAAGCUACGCAGAUGAGCAUGUAAGGAACCGGACAGAGACAGGGGAUGCAAACCAUGUGAUUUGUGGUAGUUAUGGCUAUAGCUUAUAGGUGCUAACUUUUCAUAACAUUUUAAGGGAAAAAAAAAGGAAAGAAAUCGCGCUGAUUCUUGUAGGAAGGAGGAAAUUAUAAUAUUCAAGAUUACGCAUCUGGUAACCUGCAAAGUUGCAGGAAGUGAUUCCUAACCGUGUAAGUCGGCUAAGAUUCGAUGGUACCAUUUGUUAAAGGGUAGUGCAAUGGCCUAAGUGUACAAUGUGUACAAUGGGCUAAAUUUUGGUUCAUGAAUAAAAUGAAUUGAUUUUGAGGUUCACCAAAGAUCGAACUCUUGACCUUUCGGAUCUAGAGCUCUAAUGUCAUAUCUAAAACCACUCAUCUCAAAAAUGUAACUUGACAAGACAAUGUAACAUUAAUGGUCAUAUCUCUAAUACUUCCUAAACCUCCAUUGUACACAUUGUACGCUUAAACCAUUGGCUUCCUAUACUUUCUCUUUGUUAAA